AUGUCGACAACAGUCGAAGUGCCUCCAGGCCUUUUCAGUGUGUUGCAACGCGCAUCAAUCUCCGGAGUUAUCACAUCCGUUCUCGUUAUCGUAGUUAUUCGUCUCAUUGCCAGGGCAUUCUACAGGGCCUACUUCCACCCCCUAUGUCAAUUUCCAGGACCCAAGAUUAACGCUGCUACCCGGAUUCCGUAUCUCAUCGCGGCGUUCAAAGGCAAUCUGGUUCCGUUUGCGGGCAAUCUUCAUCGACAAUAUGGCGACAUAGUUCGCAUUGCACCUGACGAGUUAAGCAUCAUCGACCCCCAGGCCUGGAAAGACGUCCAUGGACAUGGAAGCAAAGGUUCUGCCGGCUCCAUGCCCAGGAAGCAUUGGCAUCGCUACGGCAAACCAGUUAACCAUGUGCGGAACCUAAUCACGUGCAAAGAUGAUGAUAAACACAUGCGAAUGCGUCGUAUUUUCCUACCCGCGUUUUCGGAUAGGGCACUUAGGCAACAGGAGCCACUUUUUAUGAAAUAUGUUAACAUUCUUGUCAAGAAGCUGUACGGUGGCAUUGAAGAGGAUCCAAAUCGAAAAUGGGAUAUGGUCCGGAUGUACAACUUCACUACCUUCGAUAUCAUGGGCGAUAUUACUUUUGGAGAACCGUUACACAUGCUCGAGGGAGGAGAGUAUGACCCUUGGGUCAGCAUGAUCUUUGCAUCAGUCAAAUUCGGGUCACGUAUCGGGAUAAUCAACUGGUACCCUCUCCUGUACAAAAUUUUCAAAGCCCUAGUUCCAGAGUCUUUCGCAAAGAAACGAUACGAACAUUUCCAGCAUUCUGUGCAACGAGUGACCAAGCGACUGGAGAAGGGGAGAGACUCGGAGGGAGUGGAUUUGUGGGAUCUGGUGCUCAAACAACCAGAGGGUCAAGGCCUUUCUCGAGGAGAAAUGGACUCGAAUUCAUCACUUUUCAUGGUAGCUGGAACAGAGACUACAGCAACUCUAGUGUCUGGGUUGACAUACCUCCUCCUGAAAAAUACUGCGGCCAUGAAGAAGCUAAACGAGGAGAUACGUAGCACCUUUGCAAACGCAGAAGACAUGCAUAUGGACUCUAUCGCCGCACUCCCCUAUCUCAACGCUUGUAUCAAGGAGGCCCUGCGACUCUACCCGCCAGUCCCUGUUGGUCUACCACGGCUGACACCUCCUGAAGGCUCUACAGUUUGUGGAGUAUUUAUUCCCCCUGGGACUACCAUCACUGUGCCUCAUAAAGUAAUGUACACUUCAGAGAAGAACUUCAAGGACCCCCAGUCGUUUAUUCCUGAGCGUUGGACGGGUGAGGAUGCCCGCUUUGCCAACGACAAUCAAUUCGCACUGCAACCCUUCUCCUACGGCCCACGAGAUUGCUUGGGGAAGAAUAUGGCUUACCAUGAAAUGCGCUUGAUUGUGGCGAAGGUCUUCUACAACUUUGACCUCGAGCUUUGCCCGGAGAGUGAGGGCUGGACGGAACAACAUACGUAUACGCUUUGGGAGAAGCACCCCCUGGUUCUGAAAUUGAAACCUGCAAAUAGCGAGGGAAUGGGCUCGAAGGAAUGA